UUCAUAAUUUAUCAGCUUCGAUACAAUUUCGAACUUUUUUGAAAUUAAAUUUAAUUAAAAUAAAACUAAAAUUUAAAGAAAAUGAUUCGUUUAGUUUUAUUUGCUUUCUUAAUCGGUGCCGCUGUUGCCACUGAAUUUAAAGCUUGUAAAUCAGGACCAUCACCAAUUGCAGUUCGUGUUGAAGGAUGUGAUAGUUUACCCUGCAAUGUCGUUAGUGGAACAACAGUCAGCAUGGAAAUAGAUUUUACCGUUGGUGAUAACGAUGCAAGCAAACUCCAAACUAAAGUUAGAGCAACUGCAUUCGGUGUAACCGUCCCAUACAAAUUACCAGGUGAUAUCGGAAAUGUUUGUUUACAUUUAGAUAAUGAUCAAGAAUGUCCGCUUGAUGCCGGUGAAGGUGCAACUUAUUUAUUCAGUUUACCAAUUGGUAAAUAUCCAGAAAUUGGUGUUGCCGUUGAAGUUGAUAUCAAAAAUCAAAAUGAUCAAUCCGUUUCUUGCUUUAUUGCUGAUAUUAAAGUAAAAAGCUCUUAAAAAUUUAAUAGUUUAAUAAUAAUGUAAUAGGACAAAACAAUGUGAUUUUUUAAAUUAUGAUUUAAAUAAGAAUAAUAAAAUUAUGAAUUGGA